AAAGGAGAGACGACAUCUGGGUUGCUGAUUACUUUCAAACUACAGUUCGAAUGUCAACGUAUCUAUUGGCUUUUAUCGUCAGUGACUUCAAAAGUAGAGGCACACCAGAGUUUUCUGUAUGGAGCAGAGAGGCAGUGUUAAAUACAUCAACAUACGCAUUAGAAGUUGGACCAAAAAUAUUGAAAUUUUAUGAAUCGUUUUUCAAUGUCAAGUAUCCAUUACCAAAAACAGAUAUGGUGGCAAUACCAGAUUUCAAUGCAGGUGCUAUGGAAAACUGGGGACUCAUCACUUACAGAGAAACUGCAUUGCUGUACGAUCCAAGGUAUUCAUCAGCAAGCAACAAGCAACGUGUCAUUGUAGUCAUCUCUCAUGAAUUAGCUCAUCAGUGGUUUGGCAACCUUGUAACUCCCAAAUGGUGGGACGACUUGUGGUUGAAUGAAGGUUUUGCGAGCUACGUGGAAUACCUGGGUGUCAAUGCAGUUCAUCCGGAGUGGAUGAUGGAUCAGCAAUUCGUCCUGGAAGAUCUGCAAGAUGUCAUGGAUUUGGAUUGCUUAAAGACAUCUCAUCCGAUUUCAAUUCCGGUCAGGCAUCCAGACGAAAUCAACGAGAUUUUUGACAGGAUUUCUUACGAAAAGGGUGCAUCAAUUAUUAGAAUGAUGAAAUUUUUCUUAGGUGAUAAGGAUUUUGGCACUGGAUUAACGAACUACCUGAAUGCCAAGAAGUUCGAUAAUGCAGUCCAGGAUGAUCUGUGGGAGCACCUGACAUCUGCGCAAAGCAAAGAAAACCGCAUCGACGUGAAAACCGUCAUGGAUUCCUGGACUUUGCAGACUGGAUACCCUGUAGUCAGAGUCAUCAGGAACUAUUCUGCUGGAACUGCCACAGUAGAGCAGUAUCGCUUCUUGUUGGAGAAAGGCGACGACGAGUCUGCAACAAAUUAUCAAUGGGAAAUUCCAUUCACUUAUACAGACGCUGUGAAUCCCGACUGGGAGCCUAAAACAAAACUUUGGCUACAUAAGACCAAUGGUUCUAUCAGUGGUUUACCUGGUCCAAAUUACUGGAUUAUUGCAAAUAUACAGGAAGUGGGCUAUUAUAAAGUGAACUACGAUGAGCAUAACUGGAAGCUUCUGAUACAACAAUUUUUGAAUGAUCAUAAGAAAAUUCAUACAGUGAAUCGUGCCCAGAUAUUAGAUGAUUCUUUAGACUUAGCCAGAGCUGGUCAACUGAAUUACCAUCUAGCAUUGAACACAACUCUCUACCUGAAAAACGAAGAAGAUUAUUUGCCAUGGAAAGCGGCCCUUCAUGGUUUCAGUUUCAUCGAUAACAUGCUUUGUCGCAGCGCCAUCUACGGAAAAUGGAAGAAAUAUAUCAUCUCCCAGUUAGAACCGUUGUAUAACCAACUUGGAUGGGAUGAAAGCCCUGAUGAAAAUAUUUUGAGACAGUACACAAGAAUGAGUGCUUUAGGUUGGAUGUGUGUUUAUGGUUACCCAGACUGCGUUAAGAAUGCGCAGGAAAAAUUUCAGCUCUGGAAGGAAGAUCCUACGAACGUCGAAAUAAUUCCACCGAAUCUUCGAAGCGUUGUUUAUUGUACAGCUGUGAGACACGGUGGAGAAGAAGCUUGGAAUUUCGUCUGGGAACGCUAUAAGGUCGCUCAGAUAGCUUCCGAGAAGGACAAAUUCAUGUAUUCAUUGGCCUGCGCACAAGAACCAUGGCUUCUGACCAGGUAUCUGAACUGGAGUUUAUCGUCUGACUCCGGAAUUCGACGACAAGAUGGCAGUUACGUUUUCCGUUCGAUAGGAUCCAAGCUGUAUGGUAGAGAUUUGACCUUCAACUAUAUUCGAGACAAAUGGGAUGCUGUAUUUGAAAGAUAUGGAAAACAACAUUUCUCUAUUAGUGGAAUGCUAAAAUCAGUGACAACUUCCCUCAACACCCGGUUCGAAUUAUCGCAGUUGAAAGACUUUUACAAGCAAAAACAGAACAACCUCGGUGCUGCAAAGAGAGCAUUUGAACAAUCCCUUGAAAGCGCAGAAGCGAAUGUAAAAUGGAUGGAAACGAACUACCAGCACUUAGUGGAUUGGCUGGAAUCCGUGAAUUCGGCACUUUAAGUGUUUCAGACACCAUACAGUCAUUUGGAAGAACUUUGCAUCGAAAGAUGCACCAUUGUACCUGUGAGUUCAUCCAAUCAAAUUAAUAUUUGGCGAUGGAAAUCAGGAGGAAACCUGUUAAGUCUCAUUAACAUUUGGCAAUACUUUUAUUGUUUUAAUGGAGAACAAAAUACUCGCCAAAUGAAAGCUACCUAAACAAUUUAUCGACAUUCCGUUGGCGAACCAAAAGGCAAUGGUUUCAUCGAAUGCUGAAGAUGAAGAAUACCUCAAAUAGAAAUCAAGAAAACAUACUUACAUAAAUGUACACAAUACGCACACAUAAAUUACUUCAAAAACUUUUUUAUUCAUCUAUAUAAAGUUGAUGUUAACAAGUUGUAAAAUGAGUAUCAAUGAAUUUGUAUCUUGUUUUCGAAUAAUGUAAAUAAAUAUGAUUCGUAUUUGUUAGACAUAGACGAUAAAACAUUUUUUUGAUAA